GACGAAUGUUAAAUAAGUUAGACAAAUGAAUUCCUUUAUAAAAGCGCUAGAAGUAUAAACAGGAUUGUGGAACCCAGGCAGAUAAGUAUAACAGGAUCUAUUACAUAUCCACUAGAUUUUCCUCCAAUCUAGACUUCUUCCACAAGGUAAACUUUGAAAGAAACUUGCUUUUCUUGUGUGUGUAUGUAUAUCUCGUUCCAGGACAGUCAAUACCCAUAAGGAAUUCAAUAAGAAAUAGAAGAAAGAUAUGGAAGGACAGGAUGAGCAACCCAAGUCUAGAGUUGUCAAAGUUGACUCAGUUGAGUCCUGGGAUUUGUAUGUUUCCCGAGCCAACAAUCAAGCCUGCCCUAUUGUUGUGCACUUUACUGCUUCAUGGUGCAUUCCUUCUGUGGCUAUGAAUUCCUUUUUCGAAGAAGCGGCGGCAGCUUAUCCAGACGUUCUGUUUCUCUGUGUUGAUGUCGAUGAUGUUAAGGCUGUGGCAUCUAAAAUGGAGGUGAAGGCGAUGCCAACAUUUGUGCUGAUGAAGGAAGGUGCUGUGGUUGACAGGUUGGUGGGUGCAAAUCCAGAAGAGAUAAGGAAAAGGAUUGAUAGUUUUGUCCAGUCCAUUCGGGUAUAUGUAGCCUAGUUGGUGGUGGUGUCUUAUUGCCAUGGUGAAUUCUGUAAUAAACAACUCUUCUACUUUUUUGAUGCUUACAACUGUCAUCUAUAAUGUUUGAUUAUGAGUUGCUGUGUUUGAUAUUCUGAA